CAGUAUCCGGUGCUGGCGUUGAUUCUAAUUGUCUUUUGCUGCUGGAAGAGAGAGGUUGCUGUGGAGGGACAGCCAGUGGCACCCUGCACGCUGUCGAUGGAAAGCUACAUCCAAGCUUGGUGUGUGCCCGGGGACUGAGAGCUGAUUGACACGUCAGGUCACUUCAUAGAGGAAAAUGACCAGUAAGGCAAUGACCAGUAAUGUGACCAAUAAAAAUGAUCCCAGGUCCAUCAACUCCAGAGUCUUCAUUGGUAACCUAAACACAGCCAUUGUGAAGAAGUCAGAUGUGGAGGCCAUCUUUGGCAAAUACGGCAAGAUAGUGGGGUGCUCUGUACACAAAGGAUACGCAUUUGUGCAGUACGUAUUGGAACGCAAUGCCAGAGCGGCAGUGACGGGGGAACACAACAGAAUAGUGGCUGGGCAGCCCUUGGACUGCUUCCCUCCGCGCAUCCGCCUCCAGGCCGGAGGCCGGGACGAUCUGGAACAUCGACUCCUCCACAGCCGCCUGCAGUGCCACUCGCUCAUCAGCUGGCGGGAGGCCAGGCUCCAACGCGAUAUAAACAUGGCCGGAGAACCCAAACCCUACCGCCCCAAAGCAGGGCAGAAAAGGCCCGUGACGGCUCUCUACGGAGGUGGCUAUGACUUUGACUACGACUAUUACAGAGACGACUUCUAUGACAGGAUGUACGAUUACCACAGAGUGCCCCCACCCAGCCGGGCAGUGCCCCCCGUCAAACGCCCGCGGGUCACAGUGCCUGUGACCCGGAGAAGCAAGGGCAACUUCGCCAUGAAGAGUGGACCUCGGGGCAGUGGUGGCUCCACCCCAUCCCACGGGACAAAAUUAAAAGCUGACGACCUGCAGACGAUAAAGAAAGAGUUGACGCAGAUCAAGUUCCGCAUCGACCGCCUGCUGCAGAGCCUGGAGAGGAUGGACAAGCAGCGGAAAGCCCCGGCUGAGCCAAAGGCAGAGCGUGUGGCGACCACAGAGCGUAACAGCGAGGAGGGGGCCGUGGACGAUGGGACCACGGAUGAGCAGACGGAGGGGGACACAGUGGAUGGCGGGGAACUGGAGGGAGAGGAAGCCCUGGAGGAGGGGGAAGGGGUGGAUGACGAUUCCGAUGAGGAAGGCACGGACGAGCUGUGAGUGAGAAGGUCACAGGGGAGACAGACCGUCACUGAGAUCAGACGCCAAGAGCAGCCGGAGCUUCACAUGGGGAUAGACACAGACACAGGCCCAAGUCCCUGCAGCCACCCCAGGGCCUGCCCGACACAGCCCGACCCUCAGCCCAGCUCAGCCCGACCCUCAGCCCAGCUCAGCCCGACCCU